CGUCAAUGCAUUUUUUAGGCGAGAAAGAAACACAAAUUUGUUAUAGUUAGUUCACCGCGAUAUUAUGGCAACAGGAAACAUAAAUGUGAUGGCAUCUGGAUUAGCUGACCUGGAUAAACUUCUACAGAGUCUUGAGAUUGAGAAUAAACAGCAGCAGCAUGAGAUCAAGAAAGAACAGCAACAAGCUGCAGUCUUUGAGGCAGCCACAGAGAAGAAGAAUUUCAAGACGUUACAAGAAGACACAGCAAGACUGAACGAAGAAAAUAAAGCCGGUCACCAACAGUUCCGGCACAACAGAGAAACAUACCAGAGCUUAAAGAGCCAUCAUCUUGCUCUUGUAUUGAACCAGGAGACGGCACAGAAAGACUUACAGGAGUUGCAUGACAAGUGGCAAGUUCAAAGACCCCAACAUGAGCGGGCACUCCAGCACUACGAGUCCAUCUGGGAACAAUACAAGGCUAAGUAUGAAGAGAGAGGGCCAGCAGUCAAGCUGAGGAAAUGGCAACAACAGCUGGCCGAGACAAAAGAACGACUUGAGGACUCCAAAGGCAAGGUCAAGAUACUAGAGUCUGCAAUACAUGAAACUCAAGAGAAGAGAAGAAACUCCCUGAAGCCGUUUAAAAGUCGCAACCAGUGGAUCAUUAAGAUAGCUACAGCCUGGGCAGAAACCAGACAGAAUAGAAACGAUAACGAGAAGAUGCAACAAGCCAUCAGGGAGACUGAGAGAAAGAUCCAAGAAAAGAAAGAGCGCCAACUCAAACUUCAAAAGGCACAGCUGGAAGAGCAAGAGCGUAAGAGAAAAAUAAAAGAAGCAGAGGACAAGAAACAACUUGAAGACCAAGAGAGACAGAAGCAGCAGCAGCUGCUCCAACAAAAACAGCUCCAGCGACUGAAGGAACAGCAGCAGCAGAAUCAACAGAAACUACUGCAGCAGCAGCAGCAACACAGUCAGCAGCAACCUGAACACCUGCUCUCCCCACCUCAACGGAUCCCACAGUCGCCCCUGCAGCAGCCAGCUACAGCCAGGACCACCCAGUCCCAGUAUUUCCAGAGCCCACUCAUUGGACAUGCUCCUUCUCGUUCAACUGCAGCAGCAAGCCCACAGCAGCAAUCCACACGCCAUCCACCUUACCUGCAGAUGCCAAUCAUGGCUUCACCGAGACAAACUCCAGUUAGCACCAGCAACUUCAGCUGCUCAACACCGAGCUAUGCACCACAGCUGUUUACACUCAAAAUGCCCUCAGAAUCUCCACUCAAGAAACAGAGGCAGCCUCAACCAAAGUUGCCAUCAGCAAUUGCAUGCAUACCAACUCAUCCCGAUGGUCGAGCACCACCACGCCAAGCAGUCCCUACUCGCAAAGGGGUUGACGUACCAAGAGAGCCAGAGAGUCGGCAAGCAAAGCAAGUGAGCAGUCACACCAGUCAGAUCAGAGGAGAUGAACCAGCGAAAGGACACGGAGAGAGUGAGUUGUUGGUGGAUCAACAGGGUGACAAGGAAAUGAUGGAAGAACGCCAGGAGAUUUCAGUGGGAAGCGGUGAUACUGUGGAGAAUCCUCCACAAACCCCCAUCGAUGAGGACCCCCAUGCUGAAGACCCAAAUGAAGCAACCUCCGGAGCCUUUCAGCCUCCUAUGAGCCCCUUUGACUUGGAGGCUCACUUCCAGAACCUCAAUGAGAUGGCCAAGUCACCAGGUUUCACAUUCUCUUGCAGACCGAUGUUCAGCGGAGAAGAUGAAAAUGAUGACGUAUCUGAGAUAUCACGUCCAAGUGCUGCGCGGUCCUCGGCAGACAGCUUUAGCUCUCAGUUCUUACAACCAUUCUUCAACCAGCCUGAUGAGAGUCCAAUGGAAGUCGGCCCAUCAAGACCACAAGAGGGCGGUAUUUUAUCGCUGUUUGGUGGGGGUCAAGGUGAGGUCAAUAAAACCAAAGAUGACCAAGAAGAAUCUCCAGCCACACCUUUUAGUUUCAACUUCAGUUCCAGUUCCCCAAACGUCAAAAGUCCUUCCGCAAAAAGUUUCUGUCUUUUCUAAAUUCAUGAGUGAGAUGAGUAUGUUGUUAUUGAUUGUUGAGAUUUUGCUUUUGGAUUAUGACUUAUUGAAUUGUUCCGAUAAUAAUCCCUUUGUGAGUUACAUUUGAACCAUGCCUGGUAGAACGCUUUGUUCAAUUGGAUUUGGAAUCUUCUUAAAAGAUGUUUUUGAAAUGUUGCUGUUUCAGUGUUGCAAUUUUAACUUUGAAGAAUAUAUUAUUAUUCUUAAUAAAGCUUGGUUUUUUUUUGGAAGACUUGAGCUGUUAAAUGAUUCAUUAAUCGAAAAAGACAAGGUUGCACAGUUUCACGUUCAAGCAAUUGAAACAAAUUUUAAUUUGUGAAUAAAGUUUAAUAAGGUAUGAUAGAUGUACUAUUUACAUGGAUAAUCAUAUAUGGUUCUGUUUAUUAUUUCAAAUAAUUUAUUGCCAAAUUUAAAGAAAUUCAUGAUUGAGUGUGAAGCAACAUGUAAUGCAAUAAACACUCAAGACAUAAGAAUGCUAUAAACUUCAAGAUUGUUUAAGAUUGUUGACUAUUCAAAUUUGUAAAAAAAGACUUUAUAAACCCUAUAAAACCCCAACACAAAAUGACUCAAUUCCGGUUCAUACCUCCUGCGAAUGCGAUAUGAAUUUUGACAACACAAAUUCGCAACGAAUAGAUUGCAUCGGUUGAGCUUUGCUAAACUCCAGCGAAAUGUGACGCCAAAAUUUGUUCCGCAUUCGCAAGAAGUAUGAACCAGGCUUUAGGCCCAAUUUCGAAAAAGCUGUUAAGCAGAAAACACUGCUUAGCCAUAAUUUUCUAAAUUAGUUGGAAACCAGUUAAAAUGAGUUAAACUAUAUGGAAAUUGAUCUGAUAACCUGUUUUAGAUAAGCAAGAUUUGUCUGUGCUUUGCAUUUUUUUUGUGCUUGAAGGCUUUAUGAAUUUGGGUCAAUACUUUUAAAAAAUAGACCGAUUAUUUUGCUUGACACUCUCCAGGUACAGUUCAUUGUUUUGAGUUUGUUAACAGAUUAUUUCACCGUAAAAAGUAUGUUAAAGGCAGUGUACACUAUUGGUAAUUACUCAAAAUAAUUUUUAGCAUAAAACUUUUCUUGAUUAUAAG